UGGAAUGCAAUGUUAGCCGUGGCUUUAUGCCGAAACUUCCAUCCCUUGGUCCCACCGCCGCCACCAGGACUACAGAUAAAGUCAUGAUACUAGCGUAUUACAGGAGCGGGUCAUCUUUCUUAGGGGAGCUUUUCAAUAAUAACCCAAGCAUGUUCUACCUCUACGAACCCCUAUGGAAUUACCAAUUCGCUGUGAAGUACCGUCGAAACUUAACGUAUUGUAAUGGAACUAGCAGGAUGCCACCCGUCCAUGGUAACGAAUUUGCAGAAUAUACUAAAAUAUUAGACGACAUAUUGAACUGCAGAAUACGAUCUGUACCUCUAGAAGUGAGCACGGCUUCCCGUAAAAACGAGCACGGGUUUCUCACUUCUGUCAGCCGUCACAAAACCUUGGAGAGCAGCCCGUACUACAAGUGCCUGAGACAAAACAAAGGGCUUAAUGACAGGAAUUGCAUCCAUAUCAUGGAGGGCGUUUGCAAGGGGUCAAAGGUCAAGGUCAUCAAGACGAUCCGCUUCGAGAUGUGGCAAAUGGAGGAACUUCUGCUUAAAAAUCCCGGACUUAAAGUUAUUCAUUUGAUGCGGGAUCCUAGAGGGCAAAUAACGUCUGUUAAACGUACCCUUUCAAAUCCUGACCCCGAUGAUCUCAUUAGCAAGUCAUGCAUGUUGAUGCUACGUAACCUAAACGCUCACCGCAAACUAGAUUUAAAAUUCCCGGGGCGCAUUACGCAAGUAUUUUAUGAAGACUUAGCAAUAUCUCCAUUUACGACGGCAAAAAUGAUAUAUGAGUUUAUAGGGAUGGAAUUACCCAGCGUCAUCGAGAAAGCACUCUAUGAAAGAACUAUGGCAGGGAAAAAAGACAAUGGAGUCAGCGGAACUACUCGGAAAAAUUCCACAUUGACUGCGCAUGCGUGGGUUAACAAAAUUGACCCAGCGUUUGCUCAUUUGAUUGACGACAUUUGUACGGACCUCCAUGAUAGGAUUGGCGUGAUGAAGUUUGACAAAUUGCGCGAAAAGUUCAAAUUUUAACCGUUUCUAGUAGUUCUAUCGCCCAAUUACCCAUGUUUAGACAUGUAUAUCUCUUCAUCCCGCACUCGAUCAACUUAAUUAAUUUCUACAGGCACCAGGUCAUUUUACUACUAUUGGACAAUGUUACAAAUUUGCCAAUUGACACAUUCCCAAAAGAUAGUCCUAUUAAAAAAAUCCUGGAUAUGCUUGUACCAAGGUAUAUUUAGCAUCUAUCUACUUAUAAAUCUAAUCAAGUUAUGGUAGGUAGCAUUAUAUGUACUGUUCCAACAGUUCACUCAUGAACAGUCACAUAGUUUCUAUCUAUUCAAAUCUUUUUGACAUUUAACAUAAAUAUCAGUAUGAAUUGAAUGGCGGUUGCAAAAUUAAUGUAUUGAUGUGUGCACUGAACGGAAUAAGCCUUCACAAAUGCAAGGAGCAUUAUUCAAUGUUGUCAGAACACUUUUUCAUACUUAUCCUACAGGGAAAACAUGCUUUAUCGAACGGAGGAUGUUUAUAUUUGCUGAAUAGAGACACUGUAUGUAAAUAAAAAAUAGACCUGUAUUACAAUAAUGUCUGCUUCAGCAAAUGGAGAAAAAAUAUUACGAGGGAUUUAGAAGGAAGUUUAAUCUGAAUCAAUGACACGCUAUUGUGACUGUGGUGCAGAUAA